ACACCACAGUUUCACACGGGGCUCAUGGGUCAUGAUAUUAAAAAGUUCAUAACUGGCCGUCACUCGAAAGGAAGAGAACGCGUGGAAGAAACAGAAGGAGAAGAACUGCAAAUGAGAGUGGUAUGGACUCUGGUGGUGGUGCUACUGCUAGGGACCAUGCAGAGAAGGUGCGUUAAUGGAGAGGAGUGGGCAGGAGACUAUUCCAAGGUAUCGGGGAUCAUAAUCCCUGGUUUCGCUUCCACUCAGCUCAGAGCAUGGUCGAUCCUCGACUGCCCCUACUCUCCUCUCGAUUUCAACCCUCUCGACUUAGUCUGGCUCGACUCUACCAAACUUUUGUCUGCUGUAAACUGCUGGCUAAAAUGCAUGAUGUUAGACCCUUACAAUCAAACAGAUCAUUCUGAAUGCAAGUCACGGCCAGACAGUGGUCUCUCUGCCAUCACAGAACUUGAUCCUGGUUAUAUAACAGGACCUCUUUCUUCGGUAUGGAAAGAAUGGGUUAAAUGGUGCAUUGAAUUUGGCAUUGAGGCAAAUGCAAUUAUGGCUGUCCCAUAUGAUUGGAGGUUGCCGCCAUCUGCGCUUGAGGAGCGCGACCUUUAUUUUCACAAGCUAAAACUCACGUUUGAAACUGCCCUUAAACUUCGCGGCGGGCCAUCAUUAGUGUUUGCACAUUCGAUGGGGAAUAACGUCUUUCGUUACUUUUUGGAGUGGUUAAAGCUUGAAAUUGCUCCAAAACAUUAUAUGCAAUGGUUGGAUGAACACAUUCAUGCCUAUUUUGCUGUUGGAGCUCCUCUUCUUGGUGCAAUUGAGACAGUCAGAGCAACACUUUCAGGAAACACAUUUGGUCUUCCUGUGUCUGAGGGAACAGCUCGAUUGAUGUUCAAUUCUUUUGGUUCUUCACUAUGGAUGUUGCCAUUUUCGAAGUAUUGUAGGGCAGAUAAUACUUACUGGAAACAUUUUUCUGGAGGUAGUAGGAAGGGUCAUCACUCACAUCAAUGUGAGGAACAGGAAUUCCAGUCAAACUACUCAGGGUGGCCAACAAAUAUUAUCAACAUUGAAAUUCCUUCCACCCAUGGAUUAUUCAAUGCCUAUCCAUCAAUUUCGGAAAUAGCUGAGACCAACUUGUCUACCAUGGAAUGUGGACUGCCCACUCAGUUAUCCUUCUCUGCUAGGGAAAUAGCAGAUGGGACCUUUUUCAAAGCAAUAGAGGACUAUGAUUCAGAUAGUCAGAGGUUGUUGUACCAAUUGCAGAAGUCUUAUCAUGGUGAUCCUGUGCUGAACCCCCUUACACCUUGGGAUAGACCACCUAUAAAAAAUGUAUUCUGCAUCUAUGGAAUAGAUUCAAAGACUGAGGUUGGUUACUAUUUUGCACCAAAUGGCAAGCCUUACCCCGAUAAUUGGAUCAUUACUGAUGUCAUUUAUGAGAUUGAAGGAUCUCUAUUCUCAAGGUCUGGGAAUGUAGUUGAAGGGAAUCCUGGUGCUGCAAGUGGAGACGAGACAGUUUCAUACAAUUCUCUCUCUUGGUGCAAAAAUUGGCUCGGACCAAAAGUGAACAUAACAAGGGCCCCUCAGCCAGAGCAUGAUGGUUCUGAUGUACAAGUGAAAUUGAAUGUGGAACAUCAUCAUGAAGAAGAUAUAGUUCCUAACAUGACGAGGUCCCCAAGAGUGAAGUACAUAACCUACUACGAAGAUUCUGAAAGUAUUCCAGGGAAGAGGACAGCAGUUUGGGAACUUGAUAAAGCAAAUCACAGGAACAUUGUUAGAUCUCCAGUUUUAAUGCGGGAGUUGUGGCUUCAGAUGUGGCAUGAUAUCCAUCCUGAUGCAAAAUCGAAGUUUGUUACAAAAGCCAAACGUGGUCCUUUGCGGGAGGAAGACUGCUAUUGGGAUUAUGGAAAAGCUCGCUGUGCAUGGCCUGAGUACUGUGAAUAUAGGUAUGUUUUUGGGGAUGUUCACUUGGGACAGAGCUGUAGGUUAAAGAAUUCUUCAGCUGAUCUGCUCUUGCAUUAUCUUUAGAUUACAAGCUGCUGCCAUUCUUAAGGAAGGAGGGUUUAAUAGCCGAAUAUUCUCAGUCAUUGUUGCUGUUACUGGAUUCAGUUGUUUGACUUGCAGAAAAUGUCUUAUCUCUGGUGCAUAGAAGUAGUCCAUAUAGAGUUCAAUACAUUGAUCAAUCAAAGAGAGAUUCAACCACCAUAUAGGUGGUUAUCAUCUCGUCCGUCAUGCUUGAUCAAUGUCUUUAACUCUGAUGGGUGUAACACAUAACCAUAUGAUAAUCCACGACCAUUAGAUGAAGCAGAUUCAUUUCCUCAUAUGUUAGUCACCUUGUCGCUGAUGUAUGCUACUCGAGGACUGUACGUAAGAUGUGAUUUGAAGUUUUACAUUUCAGAAAUGAGUAGUCUUAACAGUUCAUGUGGACAAUGAUAGACGUGAUGAAGUGUGAAAAUAAGUUAAAAGGUGAAGUCUACCUUACUGUGUCGAUUGUCCUGAAUAUGUAAUUUUUGCAGAUAGGUUUUGUCCCCAUUUUUGGGGUCAGAGGGUACGAGGCUCCUUGUGCAAUUGAGUGACUUUGGACAUAAAGGUGAUAAAUUGGGCGAUGAUUAGUUUGUUAUCACAGUGAACAGGUUUAGUGAAAAAUUGAUUCCAUUUUUCCUUGUAUGACAAGAUGCAUGUUUACUUGA